CCUGUGUUCUCCUCCAGUACAUUUGGUGUCUCUACCUCCACUAAGGAUGAAGAUUCCAUGGCCGAAGGGAUUUGAGGACAGAUAUGUGGUGGGCUUCCUGAAGGAGUUUGAGGCCGUGGCAGAUAUGGUGGUGCUGGUUACGCUGCUGAGAGGCAGGGCAAAGACUGUAUAUAUACAGCUUGGACGGUGCUGGCAGAAAGACGACAUGGAAGACAGUCACGGAGCGGUUGAUGGCGGGGUUCGACGGCCCAGUGGACAGGGAGGAGGCACUGCAGAAGUUCCGGUUGGCGAGGUUGUCGGUCGAUGGUGACCCACUGGUGCUGGCUGUGGACUUAACCAGGUUGUUGCACCGUGCGCUGGCGAAUCUGGAUGAAGAGUUGGAGGCACAGUUAUUGGCAUCGCAGUUUAUUGAGAGUGUGUCCACCACCGUUUCCCAGCAGCUGGAACUAGUAAACGCAGCGCAACCUAUGGACAUUAGUGAACUGGCGAAGGUGACUUGACAACUGAUGACACGAACAGUAGCUCCGGUCGGGUGCGGAAAGCAGGAGAUAAAUAGUGACGAGAAGAUGAUUGAGGAGCUGGAGCGUGAGAUUGCGGCAAUACGGGUGAAUCAUAAAAGGAAUGAUAAAUGUUACGCUUAUGGAGGGACAAGACAUUGGAAUAUAAACUGUCCAACAAGACGAAGACGCAGAUCUUUUAGACGUUAUAAGAUGUGUUCUUUCUACCCUAGGAAUCUGGGAGUUGUUGCACUAGUAGAUAGAGGGGCAGUUUAUACGAGAGUAAACAUAAAUGAACGAGAUUUAGUGUCUGAUCGAUACAGGGGCAGCAGUAUCGUUAAUAUGCAAAGAGCAAUGUAAGAGACUCAAGCCAUGUACAUUAGCUGUCCACACCAUAGGAGGGCACAUGUUAGAAGUGUUGGGGGUGUCUAAUCGUGUCGUAAAAGUGGGUGAUGUUGAGAUAAAUUUUCCGUUUGUGGUAACCACAAGCUUAUCGAGACCGAUAUUAGGAGCAGACUUACUAAGAGAAGAAAGAGCGAUAGUUGACUUAAGAAGCGGUAAGGUGAUCACAAAGUACGGUUCAUUAUCAAUACACGAAAGUAGCGAAGUGACUGAAAUAAGAGUGGCAGCGAAUGUCUCGUCGAAGAAACCAAACACUAACGAGUUGUGCACAGAGUAUGAGAAGCUGUUCACUGGAGAUGGGAAGCCGUAUGGAUUUUGUGACAAAGUAAAGCACAAAAUCCCGAUAAGAAACGAUCGAGUAAAUAUAUUUGCGACACGUCGUGUCCCGGUGCAUGUAGAGGCCGAGGUAAAUCGGCAAGUCCAGGAGAUGUUGAAAGAAGGUAUAAUUGAGCAAGUGGACAGCCCGUAUAGCUCGCCGGUACUCUUGGUAAAGAAACCGAAUGGGAAGUAUAGAUUUUGUGUCGACUUCAGAGAACUGAAUAAUAUAACAGACCUGAAACGUUGUGCAAUGCCAACAGUGGUGGAAACGUUAGGUCGGCUACAGAAUGCUACGGUGUUUACAGUGCUGGAUAUGCGGUCAAGUUAUUGGCAACUGCCUAUAAAAGAUAGAGAUCGAAGCAAGACAGCAUUUACUGUACGUAAUAAACAGUAUCAAUUUAAACGAAUACCGUUCGGGUUGGCGGGUGCACCGUUUACGUUCAGAAGAUUAAUAUUGCUACUACUCAAAGAUCUAGGCAACGUCGAGGUAUAUGGCGACGAUGUAGUUGUGUACAGUCAGACAAAAACAGAUCACAUCAAGCAUGUGAAAACAGUUUUAAAGCGAAUUGACGAAUUUGGACUUCGAAUUAAUAAGGAUGAGUCGCAGAUAGCGAAAAGCAGCGUCACGUUGUUGGGACAUAAAGUGGGAAAUGGAGAAAUAAAACCAUUGCCGGAGAAAAUUCUUACCAUAAGGAAUAUUUCAGUGCCUAAUUCGAAAAGAAAGUUGAGACAGUUCUUGGGAAGGGUGGCGUUUUACAAUCGGUUUGUCAAGAAUUUCAACGAAAUAGCAGCACCCCUAUAUAAGUUGUUGAGCAACACUAAGUUUACGUGGACUGAGACUGCCUGAACCCGAGAAACCGUUUAGUGGACACAGACGCAAGUGAUCAUAAUGUAGGUGCUGUGUUGAGUCAGUCUGAUAGAGUGGUGGAAUAAGCGAGUCGCGUUCUCACACCCGCCGAACAGGAGUAUUCAACGAUAAACAAGGAGUGUUUAGCAGUAGUGUGGGCAGUAGACAAAUGGAGACCGUACCUUUUAGGUAGACAAUUCCACAUUGAGACUGACCAUAAACCCCUGCAGUGGUUGAAAACAGCAAGGGAAGUUGGCGCGAUGGAUGAUACAUCUGCAAGAGUACGACUUCAGUAUCGGCCAUGCUCCAGGGAAGGAAAACGUAAUGGCGGAUUACUUGUCAAGACUAGACAUGGAAGCCGACCUUCCAUUGACAGCAUACGCGGGGAAGAGUUGAGAGGGAGACCCAUUAGAACUCGUCCAGCAGCAGAAAGCUGACCCUAACCUUCGAGAGGUAAUCAGAGUGAUAAGAGAGGGAGCAGACGUCGAUAAACGAACUAUAGACAAGGAGGUAGUGAUGCUGCUUCGGCAAAAGGAACGACUGAGAGUGAACUCAUAUGGAGUGCUGACCUGGCAGGACGAUGAUGAGAAUUGGGUGGCGGUGAUCCCGAAAGACUGGCGGCGUAAAGUUAUACACGAGUGUCACCAGGUAGCACAUGCAGGCAUCACAAGAACGACGGAUUUACUACGGCAAAGUGCAUACUGGACAAGCAUGAAAGACAAUGUGGCUUAAUACGUGUUAACUUGCCAGCAGUGCCAACUAAUGAAAAGCGAUCGAUACGCACAACCGCCAU